CUGCUACUGUGCACCGUAAUAACAGCUAACGUCCUCCGGCGGACAUCGAGUGGACUUUAUGGAUCUAUAAUCGCAUUUUUGACGGGCGGAUACCGGUGAGCGCUCCGAGGAUUUAACGCUAAACGAGAGGAAACGAACUUUUUAACAGAUUGAACUGGGACGCUUUCCCCCUUAAAGCGGGGAACUGGAUUAAGCUUCUUCAUGCAACUUUUUUGGAAAGAAACCAAGAGCAUCUCACCGGGGAAUAGCAAAAAAAUCAGCAGCGUACCUCUUCUUUAGUAAUCUUCUUGUGUGUGCCACUGCCCCGCCGUUGCAGGUGACAUCGCGCUCUCUCUGGUAACUGCAGGUGUCGCCUUCUCUCUCGGUCCCUCCGGGGAAAUGUACCAAGGCUUCCCCGGCGACCCAGACAGCGGAUCCCGAGGAAGCUCCUCUCCAUCUCUAGAGUCUCAGUACCUUUCCUCCGUGGACUCCUUCGGGAGCCCGCCGACCACCAGUGCCCCGCAGGAGUGUGUGUCAGCGGGAGCUGGAUUGAGCAUUGUAGGCAGUGGGCCAGGGGCCAGCGUCGGAGGGGAGAUGCCCGGUUCAUUCGUGCCCACCGUCACCGCCAUCACCACGAGUCAGGAUCUGCAGUGGAUGGUUCAGCCGACCCUUGUCUCCUCCCAGGCCUCUGGACAGUGUGGUACCACUGGUACCACGACCAUGACCCAGCCAGUGUCACUGGUUGACCCAUAUGACAUGCCAGGCCCCAGUUAUUCCUCAGGGUCUGCCUUCACCCCUCCAAGUUCGGACACUCCUGGCCCAGCUCCGGGCCCCAUCCGCCAGUCCAGAACCCGUAGCCGCCGUACACGAGACGAGUCUCUGACACCUGAGGAGGAGGAGAAAAGGCGUGUCCGGCGAGAGAGGAACAAGUUGGCUGCCGCCAAAUGUAGAAACCGCCGACGAGAACUCACAGACAGACUGCAGUCGGAGACGGACAUCCUGGAGGAGGAGAAGGCAGAGCUGGAGGCUGAGAUCUCUGAGCUGCAGAAGGAGAAAGAGCGUCUGGAGUUUGUCCUGGUAGCCCAUCAACCGAAUUGUAAGAUCCCGUACCAGGACCAAUCUCAGCACAGCUCGGCGCUGCUCCCUCCAGUCCAGCCCCAGCCCCAGCUCCCUCCCCAGACCUUACAGCCUCCUGUCUCCAUUGUGGGCCUGGCUGUGAAGGAGGACUCUUUCUAUCUGCCUCCUGCCUACACAGCCCAUCCGUCCUCCACACAGUCCCAGCCUCCGGUGCAGCAGCAAGUCCAGCAGCCGCCUCAGCCAGGGAUAAUGCAGGAGGUAGAGUUUUCUAGUUCUUUCUAUGGCUCAAGUGAGCCGGCACCAGGCGGGCCGUGCCUCAUGGCCAGCGACAGUGGUGGUGGUGGUGGUAACCAUGACGAUGCGGCCAUUGGCAGCUACAACACCUCAUACACAUCUUCAUUUGUGUUCACCUACCCAGAGGGAGCCUGCGGGGUCAGUGCCAACCAGCGGAACAGCAGUAGCGAGCAGUCAUCUGAUUCCCUGAACUCGCCUUCUCUGCUGGCGCUCUGACUGACCGACAGACACACGCGCACACAUAUCAACAAGCACAUACAUAAUGCUUGCUGGAAGUAGAGGCUGAGGCAAGUACACGCAGAGUACCUAUCAGUCUCACAGAUUGAGAAAAAAAAAAAAAACAACAGCCAAUCGCUUGUUUCUGAUUUGGUUAAAGUUUACACAUCCAUGCAUUCCAAUCAAGAGCCAUACAAAUAGUUGCACAUACAUUAGAUCUAACCUUUAACGACAACAUAUUAACCAUUUCUUGUUUUGUAUAACCUGCAACUGGUAAAGUGAAUAAAAACUGAGUCACAAAGUCCAAGUUGCAAAUCUUAAGUGCUCUGAAUUAAGAGAUUAAUCCACAAUAUUUUCAAUCUUGUACAGUACAUUGAGCUUACUUUACAUUCAAACAAGCACCAGUGCCCCCAACUUGUUCCCUCUGUCGGUUGACUUUUACCAGUGCUCUUGCUUUCAUCCUUUUCCAUCCUUUUCUUACUCUUGCUGAAUGUAUUUGUGCAAAUCUGAAAUAGGGACGAAGGACUUUUCAGGGUCUUUUCUUGUGGGAGACAGAACUGCUGAUUUCUCGCUCACCUCUAACCCUUCAUCUGCUCGACCUCCCUCUGCUUCUUCAUCUGCUGCUUGGACUUGACAAGUUGGGGAUCUGAGUAUCACAGCUUCCUCUAAAACCUUGUGCUUUCUUCUCUCGUUUUUUUUUUUUAAAACACAAAAUCUUCUGCCUACCGUCUGCUAUGCGACCCAUCUCUGCCCGUCUCUUGUUUCUUCUCUUCUGUCUCUGUGUUUCUCCCUGUCUCUGAAGUCGACCCCAGAGAGCCCGAAGACCCCAGAGAGCCCUUGGGACCUUGAGUGAAUGACGGCCCAACUAACACGCCCUUUUGCACCCUCUCAUACAAGGACAUGGACGCAACCCCCCUCCCCACAAACAGAAGAACCUUUUUUCUUGGAGCGCAUUGCUCAGAGCAGAUCCUUACAGCAGCAAAAUAAUUUCACACACGCACAUAAUGAUGAACGCAAAAUGCAAGACGGACGUCACUGUCUUCUGCUGAGCCAUUUUUCUAUGUUCACACGAUGAAGAUUAGACUUAUGUUGUGAGGCCCAAUAAAAAAGAGGAUGGAAAGAGGUUUAAGAAGGAAGGAAGGAAAGGAAUCCAACCAAGCGGGACAGACUCAUACGGAGAGUUGAUGGAUAAAGAGGAUGAUCCUAAACAUCCAUUUUUAGAGCCAAAUGUUAAAAAUCAAAGCAAAAAAAAGUAAGAAAAAAAUCUUGCUCUUGCCAACUGUGUGGAAGGGUGGCCUCAGUACAAACACCUCCAUACCACAGAGCCUCAUCACCCUGGGCCUACAUGCGUAUAUUCAUCGCUUUCAAGUCUCUGAACUGAAGAUGCAGAUGUUUUGUGGCAGCGCACCAGCUCCGUGUUUUGCUCCGAAUCAAUCAGAUGUGAACCGAUGCCUUUAUUUAGAGAGAAGACUAUUUUGUAGUGAUUCAGACAACCUCUAAACAUUUGGGCUCAGUGGUCUCUGUGCCUCCCCUUUUCUCUCAGUGGAGACGAGGCGGGGGUGCGUUUAUUGUGAGUGCGUCCACUCUGAGGCACCUGGCCCGUUUAUUUCUUUCUUUAUUGAGGUUGACGUGGCGAGCGAGCACAAAGCGAGGCCUGGAAACAAAAAGGGGAGAACAUGUGGGCUGAUGUCGUGGAGUGAGCGUCCUUUCUUUGCCUGUGAAUUUGUAUAAUUUGUUUUUCCUGUAUGUUUGAGUGAGAAUUGUUAUAUAUUUUAAUGUUUAUUUUUUUGUGUGUAUGUGUGUGUGUUUAAUUGUUUUGCAUUGACCUCUGCUUUCACUUGUAUUGUUGCCAUUUCUUGUUUUUUUGUUUUUAACCUGGUGAUUUCCUCAUAACUGUUACUAUUAUUGUUACAUCGUAACUAUUGUUUCAUUAUUUUAUUGUAUUUUCAUUUGGCAACUUUGGAGGCAUGUUGUGCACUACAGAAAAAAAAUUAAUUAUAAAUCUAUAUGCAUACAUAUAUACAGGUAACAUGUAUAUAUAAGUGUAUGUACCAUGAUUGUAAAGUAUGAAUGUCUGCAGACCUAAAUGGGAUAUUUUUGUCAAUGAAGAACAAGAUAAAAUGUUACUGAGGUUUAGUUUUAAAAUGAAUAUUUUUCUAAAGGAACAAAAAAAAACUAUAAUAAAUCUAAAAUACUGCCCUGUCCCUCAACAUGAAGCACGAUGUCACUGCCUCUAUUAAUGUGUAUUUAUGUUUUAUAAACAAUAUAAAGCACUAUCCAAUUUACAUUAAAUGUAUGUUUAUAGUUAUGAUGUUAGAAGGUUGUGGUAACGCCUUUUUUUGUUUGUUUGUUUUUUUUCUGUGAGGUCUGUCCCAAAGCUACUGACACCUUAACGCCACUUGAUCCUUAGCAGACGCAAAAUGAGGAAAAACAGUAGUGUGAUUGAAUGUCUACACACAUAUUAAAAGUGUUCAGACUGCAACAUUAUGACUAAACUGUUUCAUUUAAGGUUAAAGUAUUUCAUGCCCAGUAUACAUUUCUGUCCAGUAUACACAUAUCACUCAAUAACAUUGUUAUUCCCUAACCGAAACAUGUGUUUGAAGGAUAACUUUAGCCUCGAUAUGAACAUAAUCAUGUCAAUCCAUUCUUGUAUUCUAGCAGUUAUUUUGUCAAAUUGAGAUUAACAUUUCUUGUGAUUGUAUUUGCUGGAUCAGAAGCUUUAUUUUCAAUAAAUAAACAUGUUUAUUCAAAAA